CUGAAGUAGGAAACUUUCCGCUUUGCCUCCAUCUCCAGUUUUGUUAAUCUAUCCAACUUCUCUCCUGCGCUGGUAAUCCUUCGUCUCUCCCACUGUUCAAAUUUCUUCUUCAAGUUUGACCAAUUUUGUUAAAGGAUACUACGUUCUUGUCCAUUAUUCUGCAAUGACAGUACCACUGGAAAGGCUUUCCUAUCAAAGUAUCAAAUCUGUUUGGAGAGCUGGAAUAUGAGGUUUCCAAUUAUAUGAUAAAGCCAGGCAACAUUUGAAGGCAACCUUUACCAGUGCAACUUUGAAUUACAGCUAGCAAAAGACUGUUAUCCAUUUUCUUCAUUAAUUUAUUAGAAUGGAAUAAUGUUUAAUUAUUUGUUCAUAUAAUGCUGCUCUAACAUUAUAAUGCUUGAUUUUUCCUUAUCAAAUGAUAAUAUCUUCUUAGCUAUUAGACAGUCUUCUUGGCAUCCAAUUUAUACAUUAACAGCUUGUGUAGUGCCACAUUAAUAUAGAAAAAAAAAGAGGAAAAAAGGGAAGAGUUUAUGUUGACCAUCUCCGACUUCAAAAUUACCUAGAGCACUGAUAAAGGUCAUCUCAUCUAUUUUUUGAAGAGAUUACUCUUGCUCAUUUAUCUUGUCUUAUAUAAAAUAAGGUGGUGUAAGGAACAUGGAUAUGAUAAUGCCUUGUAAUACACCAAGUCAGGCCAUAGUUAAAGGCGCCACAUACCACGAGAUGUUGUAUUUUAUAUUAUGUACUUCUACACAAGCAUACCACAUUCAAGAAUUAAAAGAUAUGUAUCACACCAGGCCAAUGCUUGGUUAGGAUAAUGGAGCAGGGUUAGUAGUUUUCAUUGGAUUGAGCAAUUGCUAUACUGUUUUUUCCUGCUUAAGGCACAGAAUGUGUAAGAUUCUUCAAUUCCAUAUGUGUGGCAGAUUUAAAUUUUUGAAUUUGUUAUGUGACAAGAAGGCAGUGUUAGUGACUAAUUGCACAACCUUCUAUUUUUAUUUUAAAUUUUUAUUUUUUUAUUUUUUAAAUGUCAGACUUCUCACAUCACCUGCUUUGCCCGAAUCUUUUGGUGCUGCACCAUUCCUAGUUGAAAUACUUGUGAAGGAGAGAGCAUGAUUAACAAUUUCUAAACCUUCUAAAUUUGCUAACUGCUCAAUGCAUUAUUGGUACCAUUAUUUAAAGAAACCAAAUAUCUGAUAAUUGUUUCAAUUUAAAGAAUGAAGGGGACUUGAUGUUAGCUUGUUCUGUGAUAAUUGGCAGAGGAUGUGAAAUGAUGAAUAUGUUUCUUAUUGGUUUAGCCGGAAAAUAAUUAUGAUGCUAUAAUUGAUUCUCUGUGGUCUAAGAGAAUUAACUCGGAGAGUGCUUGACUAACACGUGGAAUAAAGCUGCAUUUUCUGAGGCUGUGAGACAAAAGAGUCCGAUGGGCUUCUUCUGGCUGCUGAACUUCUACCCUGUGGAACGGAACAUUCCAAGUGUCACUUGGAUUUGUUAUAGGAGAGAGAGAAAAUGAAACCGUAGGUAAGAAGAAGCAGGAAAACAGGAAAAACACCUUCCCAGUAGAUCAAUCACGUGGUCAGAAUCGUUAUUGGAUUCUCGCUCACCACUGGCACUACCAGGAUAAUGGUUAUGUUGGGAGGGACCCAUACGAACCAUCAAAUGGCAAGCGGACUUAAUGGACUUCCUUACAAUUGGCAUGGAGGUGGCGGUGGUGGUGGUGAAGGUGAUCGUGAAAGGAGGUCACGGUUCUUCCAACGGAGCCCAGUAGGAAGAUCACUAGUGGCUUCAUUGUUGCUGCCUUCUCUUCCUAUUUGCUUGUUGUGCCAAUGCCACCAGUGCGGGCUUGAGGUUGUUGAUUGCUGUUGGUGGUGCUUUGGAGUUUGGACUACCUACCAUAGGAGGAAACCCAUUGCAUUAGUGAAUGUCAAGCUUUGGUCCUGUUUUGCUUGCAUAGAAGCUGCUUCUGUUUGAUAAUCAUGUCAGAGUUUGUGUUGUUGUUGCCAAGAGAGGCUAAAGUGUCCCCUUUGCAUGCUUUUUUCAAGUUUGCAAGGCAUGCACUCGACAUGGAUGAGUUGGGUCUAGAGAUUGUGCAGAUUGCAUUUCCAGCUGCGUUGGCUUUAACAGCUGACCCUCUUGCCUCUUUGAUUGAUACUGCAUUUAUCGGACAGAUAGGUUCUGUAGAGCUUGCUGCCGUAGGUGUAUCAAUUGCAAUCUUUACUCAAGUAUCAAAAGUUGCUAUCUUCCCCCUUGUUAGUGUAACAACAUCCUUUGUUGCUGAAGAAGAUGCUGCUUGCAGAAUGACCACUGAGGAACCAGAAAAAGGAGAUUCAGGAAGUAUAUCUAUUAGAGAUGACAUGAAGUUAGUUUCUCAUGGUGCUUCUGAUAAGACUUGGAAUGGCUUGUCCUUUUGGACUGGUGUGCGUGUAAAAAUGGACAAGUUUGAACGCAAACAUAUCCCAUCAGUUUCAUUAGCACUGUUGACAAGUGGAAUUCUUGGACUUCUCCAAGCUAUUAUAUUCAUUCUAGGAGCAAAUCCAAUCUUGAAUUUCAUGGGCUUAACACAUGAUUCUCCUAUGCUCACCCCAGCACGUCAAUAUUUGAGGUUGAGAUCUAUUGGUGCUCCUGCUGUUCUCUUAUCUUUGGCAAUGCAAGGAAUUUUUCGAGGAUUCAAGGACACGAAAACUCCAUUUUAUGCUACUGUGGCUGGAGAUGCAACCAACAUAAUUUUAGAUCCAAUUUUGAUGUUUGUAUUCCAUCUAGGCAUUAGUGGCGCAGCACUUGCCCAUGCUAUUUCCCAGUAUUUGACUGCAUCAAUAAUGCUAUGGAGAUUAAUUGGAAAAGUUGAUCUAUUGCCUCCAAGUAUCAAAACUUUGCAGUUCCACCGAUUUCUUAAAAUGGGCUUGUUUUUACUUGUGAGAGGAAUUGCUCUGACGUGCUGUAUGACACUGGCAACAUCAAUGGCUGCCCAACAGGGAUCAAUUCCUAUGGCUGCAUUUCAGAUCUGCUUGCAGAUUUGGUUAGCCACAUCACUUCUUGCUGAUGGAUUGGCUAUUGCUGGCCAGGCAAUUCUUGCCAGUGCUUUUGCCAGGGGAGAUUAUUACAAGGCAUCAGCUGCUGCAUCUCGUGUUUUACAGUUGGGCGUCAUUUUGGGGUUGUUCCUUGCUGUAAUCCUUGGAGUUUGCUUGCAGUUCAUCUCAAGAUUGUUUACUGAAGAUGGUUUAGUGCUUCAGUUCAUUCAGACUGGGAUUCCGUUUGUGGCUGGUACUCAACCUAUAAAUGCCUUGGCCUUUGUUUUUGAUGGCAUCAACUAUGGAGCUUCAGAUUUUGCAUAUUCUGCAUAUUCGAUGUUUCUGGUGGCCAUGGUUAGUGCCCUAUGUUUGGUUAUACUUGCUACAAGUCAUGGUUUUGUUGGAAUUUGGAUUGCUCUAACAAUCUACAUGAGUCUACGAAUGGUUGCUGGCUUCUGGAGGAUAGGAAGCACAUGGGGGCCAUGGAGCUCCCUCAGGGUCUGAUUGUAUACCUGUUCUGUUAGAAGAUGAGAUCCAAUUUGCUUCAGUAUUUCAUCAGUGUGGUUGCAGUUCACAUAUCACUAUACAAAAAGUCUCUUCAGCAUUUUUGGGAUUGUACUUGUAACAACCCUAAACUACUUUCUGGAGGUCCAAAUGCUUGCUUGUGCUAUUUGUCUCUGGAAGGCAACUGAAGCCAAUGAGCCACAAUUGUGAUUUGUAAGACUAGACAUAUGUAUAUGAAAGUGAAAUUUUUAUGCUUAUUAUCAGCCUACUGAGAGCAGAGGGGAGACUGUAUUCCCAUUUUGAGUCA